UUGUUGAAAGCUGUUGUUCAAAGAUUUUUUUCCAUACCAUCAUGGAGUAGAUUUCUAAACAGGGAUAUUUGAUAAAACGCUUAAUUCACAAAGAAGAAAAAAGCAGUUUUAAAAAAUGAGUCACGUGUACGAAGGGCCUUUGGCCACCUAUAACAGUCUGACAGACAAGAACCUGGCUGGCUACUUCUCCAACACUCGAAUGAGGAGGCAUCUGCGCAAGUCUGGACUGGUCAACAAACAUGGAGAAUUAAUAUCAGAAAAUCAGUAUCGCCUGAACAUGGCCAGGAAAGAGCACAAAAAGCACGUAAAAGAUAUGCUGGCACAAGCCAUUGUUCAUAAGACAUUGGACAUGGAACGCAAUCGACAGGUAGAAAUCCGGAGAAAGCUGGAGGAAAUUGCUAAGAUUGAAGUCGUAAGGAGAGUCCGGAGCUCGAGAGGGAGAAAAGGGGAUGAGGAGAUAUUGCCAUAUUUAUCGCUGCGUUCAAGUCGAUCUGCCAGUCGCCCUGAUACAGCCAAUGACCAGAGAUAUAGGCCACAGAGUGCUCCAUCUACAAAUCAGUACGAUGCUGGUAUUGUGUAUGUGGAUGAACAUGGACGUCGUUUAAGCCCAAAUGGCCGUGAAGAAUUCAGAACAAAGAAAGCCCGACCAGAGGAUUUGGACACCAAACAUCUGUAUGCUCUUGACUCAGCAGCCCUGAGGAAAUAUGCCUUGCAGUUAUCACGUAUCGAGCAAGAGUCGAUGUCCCCAUAUCUGAUGUCCCCCAUCCCCAGUCCACCCAGGAGCCAGAGAGGUAGUCGUGUGGGGUCCCGUGCACAAAUACGAUCCCGCCCCAGAACAGCAGAACCUCGAGGCAGCAUUAGCCCCAGAGAGAAGAAGUCAACUCAAUCAUCAGAGAAAAGUUCUGAGAGGAGUUACAGUGUUAACUCUGACAAAGAACCAACCACGAAGGGUACCCCAACCCGUGGGCCACCAAAUGGCCACCUAAGACGUCCUCUUAAUAGACCCAGAGUUGUGGAAGGGACUCUGAUGUUGCACAGACAGGAACCAGCCAUGAUGCACCAGGGAGAGGUCCAGACCCUUUGUGAAAUCACAAUGAAAUAUCAUGGACCUAACCUGACCCUACCCCGGGAUCAGUAUGAUCCCACCCAGAGUGUCACUAUUGAUCAACAACACUGCGGAGGAAAUACUCUUCCUGUAUUCAAAGAAAACCUGAAGCCUGGGGACACCUUCAGCUUUAUCUCUCGUCGUCAUCGUGGCUAUCCCUUCAGCCUGACGAUUUACGUUGAUGGACGAGUUGACUGUCGUGUUAGCACCUGCUGUGAGUACAAGCAUGCUAAAGGAGUCAAGCUUGGUGGCAAAAUGGGACAUUUCAGUCUACUGAAAGUAGAAGGUGCUACUCCGUGUUAUAAGUGUAAACUUAAUACCCAAGCUAGUCCAAGAAGUUUGAAAAGGCCACCAAAAACCAAAACCCCUAAACAGCCUGAGCAGCUGAAAGAAGAAGUCAUUGUUGUUGAUAGACGUCAUGUACAAGAGCUAAGUGAUGAAGAUGACAAAUAUGAGGAUGAUUUUGAUGAUGAUGAAGAGGAAAAGAAGGAUGAGGAAAAAGAAAGACCCAAGUCAGCCUCCUCAAGAUCAUCUUCAAGAUCAUCUUCUAGGUCUUCUUCCCCAUCACACUCUGAAGAGGAGGAGGAGGAUGUUGAUAGAAAUGCUGUGACUCAUAUUGUGUAUGAGGAUAAGAAGAAGACAGGGAUUGUAGGACUUCCUGCUGAUGAAGACACUAAAACAGAAAAGACGGAGACGGACAGGGACAGCGUUAGUGAUAUAAGAAAGGUUUCUGGUUAUUCUGAUGAAGAAGAGUACCCUGAUGGAGAAAAAUAUAGUAAGGAGGAAAAUGUGGCAACAAAAGUUGUACCAGAGCAAAAGACAAGUUUCAGAAGACGAAGUUCAUCAAGUUCAUCAUCAAGCUCGUCAAGCUCCAGGUCGAGAUCAAGAACACCAGAGAAGGUCAUUAUUCCACAAUCUAGAACACCAGCAAGAUCACCUUCCCCUCCUGAAAAGAGAAAAUCUCCAUCUCCUGAAUUGAAGAGAAAGUCCCCAUCUCCUGAGCCAGCAAGAAGAUCUCCUUCUCCAGUAAGAAGAUCUCCUUCUCCUGUAAGGAGAACAUCUACAUCUUCAGAGUCAUCCACAUCAUCCGUACAUGUAUCAGAGCCUGAAGAGAAAGAGGAACCUGCAGAGAAGGUUUUAAUUGGAAAAUCAGUACGAAAUGCUGAUACUCACACACCGCAGAAGACACCCAUUAUAAGAAAGGAUUCUGUACCACUGGAAUUUAAUUACACAAGUUAUUCAGAAUCAGUUGCAAGUAGUGAUGUUGGAAAACCAAUUGCUGAAGAGGAAGUUCGUAGACAGCGGCCUUUAUCUCCACUUCCCCAAGAAUUCCAAUACAAGAAAAAAUUUGAAGAAGAUAAUGUAAAUCAGCCAACCUCAACAAUGCCAACUCUUGCUAAGAGUUUCAGAAAAGUUUCAACGUCGUCAAGUUCAUCGUCAGAUGAGGAGAAAAAACAAGUCACUACCACUGCAACUAUAGAGAAACAAAAAUCUGCUUCAAGUGAAUCAGAGAGUGAAGAGAAAAAGGGAAGCUCAAGCAGUAGAUCAAGUUCCAGCACAAGCUCAUCAGAAACAACAAAAGAUGUUUCUGGAAAAGAUGCCAAAGAAAAUCAGAGUACUUCUAGUCCCGAUUCAGGGACUGUUGAAAGUAAAACAAUAGAAAAAGAGACCACAGUUGCCCAAAAAGAGAAAAGCAGUAGCAGCAGUUCCUCUAGUGAAUCCUCUUCGGAAUCAGAAGCAGAAAGGAAGACAACUCCUCCAAGAAAGAGUCCAUCCCCACCUGCUAAGGUUGAAUCAAAGAAGGAAUCUUCCUCAUCAAGCAGCUCAUCUAGUGAGUCAGAAACGGAAACAGAUCGGACUGAAAAUGAAAAAGCAAAACAGACUCCGAGCCCUGUGAAAGAGGAAGAGAAAGAGUCACUCAAUCUUCAAAUGCGACAACAAAGAAAACUGUCUACCAGCUCUAGUAGUAGCUCAAGUAGUUCAUCCUCAGAAACAGAGGCAGAGGAACAAAAGCAAACCAAACCAUCAUCUCCACCUGUUCAAGAAAAGGAGCAAACGGUAACAACAAAGGAAGAAGAGAAACCUACACCUGUAGGAGAAGCAAAGGCAAGUUCAAGUAGUUCUGAUUCGAGUAGUAGUGACUCAUCUGAAACAGAGACUGAUAGAUCAGAGAAGCCACUGGCAACAACAAAAGCCCCAUCGCCGCCUCCUGUUCAAAAGCCACCAUCUCCUGUACAAGAAAAGGAGGAGGAAAAGAAAUCUCCAGCAGAGGAUAUCAAAAAAGAUGAGUCCAGUGGAAGUGAGGAUAGUAGUUCUGACUCGGAUUCUGAUUCUGAUUCUGAAAGUGAGGACAAUGAGGAAGAGAAAAAGAAAUCCGAAGAAAGAAAUGGUGAAAAAGAUGAAAACGUUCAAAAUUCAAAACCUGAUAAAAAGCUUACAGAUUUGCCUGUAAGUGAAAGUGAUACAGAUAAAAAGGUGUCGAUAUUCACGAGUGAUACGGAUGGAGACAACAUGCAUGGAGGCAAUGAUCCAGAUGAUGUGGAGGGUGGCGGUGUUGGCACAUCUUACCUGUCUCGUAUUGGAGUCAAACCAGGAACUCCGGUUGAGGGAUCAAUCACUCCGUUGUUUGAAGGAAAACCAGAUCUAGAUCUAAACAGCAUAGCUCUCUCUGAUAAACAAGUUUUAGAAAUAACGGAUUAUUUGAUAAAGCAAGAUGAUGUGAAGACGUUUUGCGUACGAAAUGCUAGUCUGGACAAUGAGAAGUUUUUGAAUGUUGUAAGAGCCUUGAAAACCACAAAAUCUGACAUUCAGAUGGUGAAUUUAAACUUAAAUAAAUUGAAUGCAGCAUCUGCAAAGGAAAUUGGCGAGCUUCUUGUAGAAAAGCCGUCACUGCAAGUUUUGCUGCUCCAUGGAAACCCUCUUGGAGACAUGGGAACUAAAUACAUAGCAAAUGGCCUUCUAGAUGUUCAUGCUGCUUACCUUUCACACAAAGACGAAGAAAAUCAGCCAAAGUACUGUCAGCUUCAGGAAUUGGAUCUUGGGGAUACUUCCAUGGGCGAUUCUGGAAUGGAACACAUAUCAGCGCUUCUAGAGGCGAACACACCAUUGAAGACCCUGAAUCUCAACGGGAACACUAAAAUCACAUUGGCGGGAUGGAAAAGAUUGGCAAAGGCACUGAAAAGGAACACUACACUACAGACAUUAUCACUAGACUUCAACAAGAUCGGUGAUUAUGGCAUCUCUGCUCUUGUCAGUGGAUUGAAAGAUAAUCAGACGCUGAAGGUACUGGAGUUAGAGGAAGCGUCAAUUUCAGAGGAGGGAGGAAGAAAAUUGGUUGAGCUGUUAAAAUGUAAUACUACUAUUUUGGAUAUUACUGUCUCACCUGGAAAUGCCAUACCUGAUAAAGUUAGAGGCGAAAUUCUUAAUUAUCUUGGCCUUAAUAAAGCUGCUUCUCAACCUAAAUCAUUCAGAUAGAUUGUUUAUUUAAACACAAUUUUUUUACUUUUAUGCAGUUUUAGUAUAUAGAUAUAAUUUUUUUUUAUCAAAAGUUUAUGAUGCUUAAGAGAUGAAUGUGCUAUUUUUGUUGGGUUUGGAAAAAAAAAUAAAGAAAGGAAGUAUUUGUGGGAUAUGAAUCAGUUUAGAGCUUUCAGAAAUAUAGACAGUUAAGAAGUUGAUUUUUAUUUUUUUGUAAAUAAUAAGUAUCAUUUUGUGUUAGAUAUGUGUAAUUGUAGAAUGACUGUAGUAAUAUGUUGUUGAUUUAAAUUCCUUCAUUUUCAUGAUGAUUAAAGUUUACAAGUGUAUUUCUGUUACUACUUCAUAUUUUUUCUUUGGCAUUGUG